AUGCCGCAUACAGCUGUGGUAGACCCCGGUGUUAUGGUAGGUGAUGGUGGACUUGCCAUGAUUAUACAACAGAACUGUCACCAAGAACAGAGAGUGGAACUCGAACAAUCCAGAAACGUCCAUGUUUAUACGCCACCGGAUCAUUCUCUCCAACGCAAGUGGACCUCAAGAGGGCCCCAGAGCAGCAAGGAGGUGAUUAAUAAGCCUAGUAGACUGGGCAAUGGAUCCCCGAGGUCAACAUGGCAUAAAGACGGUGAACUCCUCCGCAUCCCUCUCAACACCUAG